AUGACGCCCGCCCUAUUAAGACUGACGGCUCGCGAGCACAGAGGGGGCCACGGAGUUUCGUCCCAGAGCGAGCGGCGCACUCUCCACAACACGACCGCCUCUCCGCACGCUUCCCCCUCCGCCAGCGGCCCCCGCCCCCUCCCCGCUAGCUGCAGUCCACCCGGCGCCCCGUGCACACCGCGCGCAUCCGUCAUGGAGAGCAGGAAGGACGCGCCGGCAGCCGCCACGGACUCCGAUGUGUCCGAAUCCGCUGGCGAGCAUCGCGACAAGCUGGCUCACCGCGACUGCCGAAGCCCAGGCGCGUUUCCUCAUUCGCGGAGCAGCACGUGCGGGGAUACGAGGGUGGCCGGCAAGCCGUGCUUGCCGAGCAGAGAGCUCUCUGAUCUGCCCAACAAAGAAGGCAGCGGCUCGGACGCAGAGUCCGACUUCUACGAGGAGAUAGAUGUCAGCUGCACCCCAGAGAGCAUGGACUACCCCGCUGGACAAGGAUGUGAUAAGGAAUCUCAGGGCCUCGGGAAGGAGAGCGGCGCGGACAGUGGGAAGCUGAGCUCGAGCCCCAAUGCCCUCUCCUACGGACCUGACCAGAUGAGGCGAUACCGGACCGCCUUUACGAGGGAGCAGAUCGCCAGGCUAGAGAAGGAGUUUUACCGGGAAAACUACGUGUCUCGGCCGCGCAGGUGUGAACUGGCGGCCGCUUUAAAUCUGCCAGAAACGACCAUCAAGGUUUGGUUCCAGAACCGGCGCAUGAAGGAUAAGCGGCAGCGGCUGGCCAUGACGUGGCCUCACCCGGCCGACCCCGCCUUCUACACGUACAUGCUGAGCCACGCGGCCGCCACGGCGGGCGGCCUCCCGUAUCCAUUCCCGUCGCACCUGCCCCUGCCUUACUACCCGCCGCUGGGCGGCGCGGCGUCGACAGGAGGCGCUCCGUUAAUUGCGGGGCACGCAGCAGCGCGCUCGCUGGAGGGGCUGCGCGUGCUCUCUUCGCACCACCCGUACCCGCGACCCGAGCUGCUGUGCGCCUUCCGGCACCCAUCGCUGUACGCGGGCGCGACGCACGCACUAGGCCCCAGCAGCAGUCCGUGCUCGUGCCUCGCGUGCCAAACGAGCGGAGCUCCGCCUCCUCCGCCACCUCCACCACCGCCGCAUCCCAGGUCAGCGAACGCGGACUUCUCCAGAGCCGAGGGCUUCAUCACUUUCACGCCGGCCGUGCUCAGCAAGCCCACUUCUGUUGCGCUGGACCAAAGGGAGGAGGUGCAGCUGACCAGAUAAAAAGCCGAGAGCUACGCGGACU